UUCAAAAUGGACCUUGUUCUUGACAUACUCGAUCAAAAUUUCUUUACACCGUACGUGUACCCCGCAACGUGGCCAGAAAAUGACUGCUACAGGCAAUUCAUCUCGCUCUUCGUGGUCACGAACAUCGGCGGCGUUAUUAUGUAUUUUACGCUCGCAACUUUCAGCUUCUUUUUUGUGUUCGACCGCGCGCUUAUGAAACACCCACUGAUUCUAGAACACCAGAUCUACAAGGAAAUCAUGGUGACUUUGAAAUCAAUACCGUUUAUGAGUUUUCCCACGGUAUCGCUUUUCCUUCUGGAAGUGCGAGGUUACAGUCAGUUGUACCUGCCAAGUAAUUUCAGCUGGCCGCAUCUCAUCCGCGACAUCAUUUUGAGUACGACUGGCUUUCUCGUCUUCACCGACGCAUUGAUUUACUGGAUUCAUCGUGGAUUGCACCAUCGUUCAGUGUACAAAUAUUUGCACAAAGUCCACCAUCGUUGGAAGGUGCCAACCCCAUUCGCCAGUCACGCUUUCCAUCCGAUCGACGGAUUCCUGCAGAGUCUGCCAUAUCAUCUUUACCCAUUUAUUUUUCCACUCAACAAAGUUGUGUAUCUGGUGUUGUUUGUUUUCGUCAAUAUAUGGACGGUGUCAAUUCACGAUGGAGACUACAGAGUGCCUGAGCUGCUGCAACCUUUCGUUAACGGAUCUGCCCAUCACACAGAUCACCACCUCCUCUACAACUGUAAUUACGGCCAAUAUUUCACAGUCUGGGAUCGGAUCGGUGGAUCUUUUCGUCACCCGAGCGCGUUCCAGGAGAAAGGUCCAAAAUUCGAGCUAAAGAAAACCGCUGAUAAGAUGGGAUGAGUAUUGACCGGGGUAUUUGAAAGCAAAGAGUAAUAAAAGAACGGUGUCUGCAACGCGAGCGAAGUUUGAUAGGUCGCGUGUGAAAUGUACAACAACUUCUGCGUAUCUGUUAUUUAUGAAUGUAAACAGUCGCGUGUGAUGUUAAAACAAAUAACCCAAAGGUUUAUAUUGCACCACCAGUGGUACUAAAAUAGUUUUUCAUUGCGUUUACAAUUUCUCCGAACGGUAUACCAAUAUUACAUCUUGUCCCAUUUCAUCUCCCCGCCCACUAAUGUUGUACUUUGCACGGACUUUGACCCCUUAUUGUUCCACAUUGUGUAGAAAGGAGCCUAAGAAAUGUUCUAAGAUUUGGUAAAUUUUAAACUCUAUUUCCAAUGAACACUAAUUUGUAUUAACUUCCUCAAAACUUAUGUUUUUCUUUUUACUUUUUCAUUAUAAAUUUAAGUUUGUAAAUGCACUGAGACUUAUGAAAUAUGUUUUAAGAACUUUUGUUAUUGUUAUAAUUAUUACUAUUAUUAUCAUUAUCUUUAUUAUUAUUAUUUCAUGAUUAUUGUGUUAGUCUUUCCACUCUG